AUGAAUUGGAUUCCUAAGGCUAAGCUAUGGGCAGUAAAAGCUGUGAAACUAGGCCGAAUGAAUAUCAAUGGAUCUAGUGGACUCAGAGGGGCAAAUAGACCCACUGAACCUACUGAAUUCUGUAAAAAAGAAUGCAGCGGCAACAGUAGAGUCAAUUUCAGAGAAUACAAGGAGUCGACCGGGCCUGUCACAGCAUACAUAACAGAAAUAUACCAAUGGGUCGUGAAGGCAGUGCAAGUCAGGAAGAUGAUGAGCACUGACUCAUGUGGGUCUACAGUACGCGAUACAGUCAAAGUUAAAGAAAGCCGCUCGACUGUUAACUGUGUGCAUAGCGAUAUGCCUCCACCGGCCCUGAUUAACCAAGCUUACGUGCCUGCGAAUCUGUUCAGCAAAGGAGGUAUGGAUUAUAAAAUUAUCAAGCAAUUGAAAUCAUUUCUCGAUGUCCAGAUGAAUUACCAUAAAACUAUGGCAAAAACAAACAAAGCUGCGAUGAAGAAAAUCAAGAAAUUGGCAAAAGCGAUGGCAAAGCUGGUGCAAUCAACCAAGCUGGAGGUGCUUUCAAGCAAAUGGGAGCAGCUAAAGAGAACCAAUUCUUCUACAAAAAGGAGAGAGAACUUAUUGAAAACCUUCGACAAAAUAUGA